CAUAGUACAUAGAUACUACUAAUUAGUGGCUUUAAACGAAACACCAAACCAAGCAACCAACCGCAAGGAAAAACCAAUACUUAUGUAGUUCAAUUGUAUAGAACGAAUAACUAACUAUAACUAACGAAUAACGAUUAGGGAAUCUAGACACACUACUGAUAAGGAUAGCGAAAAUAUAAAGCUUAUUUGCGAAUAGAAAUAGAGAAUAAUAAUAGCAACGCCCCCCUCCACGGCGCUGAAAGCCCGACAACCAGAAAUUCAUUCAGAAAACGUGCCACACAAACAGCCGGACGGGACGGUUAGAAAGGCAAAUGUCAAAGUCAUAAAGAGAGAAUAAGCGCGAAAGAAAGAGAGAGAACGGAAAGAGAGAGAGAGAGAGAGCGUGAAAGCACAACGGAAUUUAAAAAAGCUCAAAGACAUCAAUCAAAUGUUACAACCAUAAGGACAUCGAGGAAAGCUCAGGAUUAAAGCUUGUCCCAAGACACAAGCCCCACUCCAAAAUGGCCGCAACAGCAGCAACGGGGAUAACGGGAACGGGAACGGCUACAGCAACACACCACGACGAUGCCAGCAGCAUGAGCGACGACGUCUUCGAAGAUGUGGAGACCACACAGGCCCGCAUCGAGGAGUUGCGUCGCCGGCCCUUUGGCGAUGGCUGUUACAAUCCCCCCGCCGCACCCGUCUCAAUAUCAGCCACAGUGGCAGCUUCCACAUCCGCAACAACGACGCAGCAGCAGCAGCAUCAUCAUCAUCACCAUCAUCAGUAUCCGCAUCAUCAUCAAAGCCAACAGAGCCUCACGGGCAGCAGCCAUCAUUAUCAUGACGACGCCAUUAUGGCGCCCGUGCAGCGGACGGCCACAGGAUAUCCGGGCUAUCGACCUUCACGAGAAGCUCUUCAGAUGUACGCCUACGGCACAGGAGAUGAUUACGACGAUUACGACGAUGGCUGGCGUUCAUAUCGUUACGACGAGGUGGACAUGCACCAAGCACAGCCGACGGCCAAUUUGCAACCUUUCGACGACACGGUCAAUCACAAGACGAUACUGCUGGGGGACUCUGGCGUGGGCAAGACAUCCUUCCUGGUCAAAUACAAUACGGGCGAAUUUCGGCUGGGCUCCUUCUCGGCGACGGUGGGCAUUGCUCUGACGGUCAUUAUGCUGGGCGACUCGGGAGUGGGCAAGACAUCGCUUUUGAUACGAUUCCGCGAUGGUCGCUAUGUGCCCAGCUAUUUCCUGAGCACCGUUGGCAUUGAUUUUAGGAACAAAGUGGUCGUCGUCGAUGGCACACGUGUAAAGCUACAGAUCUGGGACACGGCUGGACAGGAGCGUUUCCGCAGCGUUACACACGCCUACUACCGGGAUGCCCAUGCUUUGCUGCUGCUGUACGAUGUUACCAACAAGACCACCUACGACAACAUACGGGCCUGGCUGGGGGAAAUACGGGAGUACGCCCAGGAGGACGUGGUCAUCGUUUUAAUAGGCAACAAGGCCGAUUGCAGUGGCAGUGAGCGACAGGUGAAGAGGGAGGAUGGCGAGCGCCUGGGCAGGGAGCACAAUGUCCCUUUCAUGGAGACAUCAGCCAAGACGGGACUCAAUGUGGAGCUGGCCUUUACAGCGGUUGCUAGGCAGCUUAAGAGUCGCGGCUACGAGCACGGCGAUGAUGGAAAAUUCAAUGUGCAUGAUUUUGUGCGUGACAAUACAAAGGCGCGCUCCGUCUGUGCCCAGUGCAGGAACAUGUAAUUUUCCCCGGCCACAUCCUCCCGAUCCCGUGCACAAAAGAAUGGCAGGAAGAGCAGGAAAGCACAAAAACAGGAGGGGCGGGGGAAAAAACAAUAAGCCAGCAUACAGAUCAAAGGGAAAUGGGGAAAGGUCGAUGGGGAAGCGGCAGGAGCUGGGCGCAAAAGUCGAACUUCUGCAUUUAAUAAACACACAAAAUACGCACACAACAACAGAUACAAAUACAGAUACAUACAGAAAAACACGACCCACAGAUACACCUACAGACAGGAUAACAUGUUGGCACCAAUUUUUUAAGACCCUAGCGGGAAGGUAGCGGAUAGUAGGGGAGCGGGCGAGUACAUGGUAUGUGCGGUAUGGUUAGCAUUUUGUAUGUAAAUUGGAAUUUUUUUGGAACCGGGGCGGGACGGGCAGAGAUACGUACUCGUAUCAUACUUUAAGGAUGGCCAGUGCAUAAAUUAUUGAACAAUAUAUACAUAUAUAUAUACUAUAUACAGAUAUGAUAUAUCCAUAUACAAUUGCAUAAAUGUACUUUAUUAAAAACGAGGAACCCUAAUGGAGCAAGGGAUGAUCUCCAGUCCUCAACUAAGAGAAACCAAUCGCCAAUCCGGAUUAGGAAUGGGAAUCAAGACACGAAAUCGUAAUCGUAAUCGUAAUCGUAAUCGCAGCAAAAUCAUGCAACAUUGAGAUUUGUCCAGCACGUCCAUGGGAGACCGCCAAAUGGAGGGACCGAACGGAACCCAGCGUGAAUCAGCAUCAGCUCCAUAAAGAUAUAUUACCCUCGAGAGGAGCAGCCGGAGAGAUGAUCGCUGGAUGGAUGGAUGGAUGGAUGGAUGGAACCAAAUCCUAUUCAAGAAAUACAAUCACUCAAUUUACCUAUACUACUAUAAAGAAACAAAACAAAAGAUUAUACCUAUUACCAAAUGUUUUUGGUUCUCUAAUGUUAAAAUCUUAAUUGUUAUGGCCUAUCGUUAAGUUUUUAGAUCCACACCAAACCAAAGAAUGUCUGAAGGCAUUUUAAAUUAUUUACACAGACACUAAUGAAUACCCCUUGCAAUUAAGUUAGUUGAAGCUCUCUAUUUAAGUCCACAUGCCACACCUAUAGCAAGCCGUAGUGCAGCAGCAGGAGAAGGAGAAGAAGCAGAAAGAGGAGGGUUACAAAUAAUCAAAGUUAUAACUAUAGUCUCCUACAACAGACCGCAGCGGCAUCCGACGCAUGCAUACUAUAUCAUAGCAGCUAAACAGCGUUAUAUCCAAGCAGACGGAAUGUCUAUACCAUAAACAACAAAUACAUAUUUACAUUGAAUGUGGUUAAAAAAC